CUUCCAUCUUCUUUGGUACAGUUGUUGUCAAGGACUUAUGUAGAAUUUAAGGCAAGGAUACAAAUGUAAAUCUUUCCUUUGGUUUAUCACAGUUUACUCAGGCACAGUAUCAGUCCCACUGUAACUGAUACUGGGAAUACUGGGUUCGAUCUAAUAAACGUUCAUAAACCAGUAUUUAGGUCAUUGAAUAAAUCCCAGCCAGCUGUGGUUGCUCUCGGACAGUGGGGCAACAAAGGCAGCGGCUUCUAAACGGCGUGGUAAUAAAGGAAGCUGCCUCCAAACAUUGUGGCAUCCCCCAAAAAACGUAUCAGUGGCAGUUUCUUUUGCCACCGGAAGAGCCUGUACGAGUCACCGCUGCCACGAUUUGAGCUUUAUCACGUCAUCCCGCUACAGAAAAUAUGGACGUGACAAUAAAGGUCCCACAGACCCUCAAAGCCAAAGUGAUGCUGUGGACGGAUGCAAGCUUCCAUGACAUGGAGGUGAUCGACAACACGCAGUCUCGUCCUGAUCUCGAAAGAGUUGUGGGCAGCGUGUUUGGAGUUGACCUCGCUGAACCCAAACGAGGAGUUCUGCUGGAGCUGUAUGUGCAGACUGUGAUCUUCUGCAGAAAGUUCAGCUUCAACAUGGAACAAACUUCUGCCCUGCUGUCCAUCAUUAAGUCCAUCCAUGAGGCUAACAUAGAAACGCCUCUCAACAACCUGGAGCAGUGUUUCGAUUACUGCAAGGAGCUGCUGCUCUGUCACUCUGUCAGGCGACCCCCCUUCAGUAUCAACCUCUUCAGCCCUAAGGAGGCCGACUUUAUCCUGAACUACAUCUACAACAGCUACAUGAGACACUACAAACUCUACAAAUAUAUCUUCACUCCACAGGUUAAACUGGAUUUGUCACUGACUUACGUUGGGAUCCCUGAUGAGGAUUCUUCUGCUGCAGGAGCCGAAGAUGCACCGAUGAAAGAGGAUUCCACGGACACACAGGACACUUCCCUCACAGAGGAAGAAAAAAGCAUGCUGGGUCACACGUCGGACCUGAAGGCAAUUGUAGAGACAGAAGUCAGGGAUCAGAUGAUGCUUCUGUCAGGACAACUCGACAAGAGAAUGAAUGAAAUUGCAGACCAGCACAAAACGUUAGAUUCUCCGCAGCCCAACCACAAGGCCAAAAAAUGACACGUGAUAAAACUUACAGCCUGCAGAACAAGAUAAUUCUGACUGUAAUGUGUUUUAUUGUCAAUAAAACCCUUUAUCUUCUUUUACAGUACAA